UUUUUUUUUUUUUUUCUUUCUUUCUUCUAUUUUCCCUUUAUUUAUUAGACUUUAUUAUCUCCUUUUACUAUAAUAUAUAGUCUACUUAUUACGACUUUCUGAUUGUUGGGUCAAUCGUUCAAUCUUUCUUUUCUCUCUGUCACACACAUUACACAAUCUCUAUUUUUUUGAACCCAACCAAAAAAAAAGUCCUGUCUUCCUCUUUUGUUUGGGUUCAUUUUACUUUAUUAUUAUUAUUCUCUGGAAUCAUAUCGAUGCGAUCUAAGCUUGGCUUUCCUACAAGAGGAAGCAAGUCAAGUUCAACAUAUGUUUCAGCGCAAUCACUAUGGCUCUGUUACUUUCGAAAUCUUGUCCUUUCUCAACAAGGUUCGUCACAUUCUUCCUCUUGUAUCUCUCAUCGGUCCUUUUCCUCACGAUCGACUUCAAGGCUGAAUCAUGAACGAAGGGCUCUUCAACUUUGGCUUUUGGCAGGCUUAGAUCAUCAAUCAACCUAUUUGAUUCAACCUUUAUUUCCUCACCGACACUUUCGAGCACGAUCAAAACCUGUUUUGGGAUCUCAUUCUACUACAGCGGCUUCAGUAACAUCUUUAUCCCCGGAUGAUAUGAUAUCAAGGACAUCAAAUGGAUACAUGGUUACAACUAUUACUGAUCAAGCUGAAGAUGGCAAAAUAACUACAACUUCAAUAUCAAGCAAAGAUGGAAAGGCACCAACACACUUACACCCUCGGUGGUUCAACAAAACAAUUGAUAUGGAAAAACAACUACGACAAUUGGAUGCAUCUAUUGCAGAACUCGAUAGUCAUUUUAUUUUUAAAUCACUUCGAAGUAUGCUAUAUAACGUCAACAAUUAUCAAUACGAUGGGGCGUGGAUGAUAUACCAAGCAAUGAUUCGACACCAGGUUACAGAUCUUUUACGUGAAAACCACUAUGGCCAUUUAUUGAAUAUCAUCAAGUACACUCCCAAGGCUACUCCACGAUUAUUGAUCAUUCUAGAUCAUAUGAAAGCAGCUCAACAACAAGGUCGAUUGAUGGUCGGUACUCGUCAUUAUUCUCAAGUCUUAUUUGGAAUGUCAAGGCAAGGGGACGUGAAUGAGAUGUGCACUUUACUCAAGUCUUUACAACAACAAUCUAUACUAACUGGUGAUUCUGACGUUAAGGAUACAUUACGUUCUGGAUGGUAUACCUCUCUGGCAGUGGCAGUAAAGAAGAACGGGAAUCCAGCACUAGCAUUACAAGCCUUGGAAAUCAUUGAAGAUGCAAUGGAUCGUGGUGUUUCAAUAGAAAAGGAAGCAUGUGCAGUGAUGAUCAGCGUUUUAGCAUCCAAUAUGAACGCAUGUGUUCGGUUCCUGACUAAUAUGAAGAAUGCCGGUAUGAUGACAACAAACGACAACAAGAACAACAAGAAGAGCAAUAAUGAUACCCAAAAUCCAAAUGACACAAUUUUUGAUCCAACAACAACAAACGAAUUCAAUGUUCACAUUUACACCUCCUUGAUCGCAGGAAUGGCACGGAAUGGAGAUGCUACCAAUGCACGACUUCUCUGGAAUGAAAUGCGCAAACAUGGUUUACGACCGACAACAGCGACAUAUACUGCACUCACGGAAGCUUAUGGUCGAUCUGGAAAUCUCAAGGCAGCUGUCAAGUUAUUAAAAAAUCAUACUUUCAAAAACAAUGGUAAAGUGAACAAAGUGAUGGCUACUUCGGUGUUAACAAAUGCUAUUCGACAUGGAGAACUGGAUUUAGCGCAAAGCCUUUUAUCAACAUGGGUGGACAAAAUGGGUUUGGAGAUAGACAAGAUGGAUAAUGAAUUCCGGUCAGCAGUUAUGUGGAUCAAGGUGAAACAAGACUUAAAUCAGGCAAGGGAUUACUUUGAUACAUUAUAUAGCACGAAUACGGAUUAUGUGGACGCAGUUAUGGUCAAUCAUUUGGUGAAAGGAUACGGUGAUACAAUGCAAAAAGAACAAGUGAUGGACAGCUUCGGAUUACAUGAAUCAUUGACUUGUACAGAUACCAAACAGCUCAUUGACCCUCAUUUCUUUUUGGUGGAUUCUCUCUUCAAAUGUCGUGACGUACCAGCAGCUCUCUCAGCAUUUGUGAAAAUGCGACAUCAGAACAUACCUGACGAUAUUACUUUUGCAAUGGUGAUCCGUGGACUUGUGAUGAAUGAUGAAAACGAAAUGGCUUGGCGACUCUUCCAAACUUUGAAAUCUAGUGGAUUGGAACCCAAUUUGCAUGCAUAUACCAGUAUUUUGAAAACAUGUAUACAAGGAUCACAACGAGGCGCAAGGAAAGAACAACAAAAAACACUUGAACAAGAUAUACCACAUAUAUCGGCAGAAUAUAUGGAAUCAUCACUAGGUAUUGCAAGUACAACAUCGGCAGGAAACAGCAUGAAUGGAAAAAAUAAAAUGGGGCCAACACAAGCAUAUAUUUUAUUCCGCAAAAUGACAGGCUUUCAACAACCCAAUGUUUACACCUAUACGACAUUGAUUGCAUGUUUUGCCAAACAUAACAUUCGACGAGCAGUGGAUGUAUUUACUUAUAUGUGUGCUGAUGGUGUGGAACCAGUGAUAGAAACCUAUGUGGCUUUAUUACAAGGAUGUGCGAUUUUCCGAAAUGCUCCUAUGGCUUUAUUGAUCUUUAAACAUAUGCGGGAACAACAACAUUUGACUCCAGAUAAUAAGAUAUGGCAUUAUUUACUGAAGACAUUGGUGCGAUCUCGUGUGGACAAGAAAGAAAUCGAUAGAUUGGGUCGUAAGGUGCGUUCAAUGAAUCAAGAUAUCUCUAUUUAGAAUUCUCCCUCCUUGUUUUUUUUUUUUAUCAUAUUCAAUUCAUUUCAUUAUCCCCUUUAUUCCCUCAUCUUUCUUCCCCCCUC